CAAUGUCUCGGACACACAUGAGUCGCUGUCCCAUCCUCUCCGGUGUUGGUUAAAAUGGCCGCGGUGCCUCACAGCCCCAGCCCCUGUCUCCCUCUCAGGUCAACAUCCAGGGGGGAGGUGGCUGCUGGCGCUAAACCAACGCAACAUGGAGUUACUGGACACUUCAGCAUUUAUUACGGUUGCUGGCAGCAGUGUCGACGACAUUAAUGAUGGAUUUCUGGAGACUCGAUGUCAAUCUUAGAGGGUGACAACCCUACUCACCGCCUCUAUUGGAAUCACAGCCUAUUAUUUUGCCACUCUGCCAUGCUGGUUCAGACAGAGGGAACGCAUGGAUUCCAUCAGAUUUAGGAGUGAUACAGUGCUUUCUGAUGUCCACAUGUACACACCAAACAUUAGGCACCUAAUGGUGAGACUGAAUGCAGUCGGACAACCAGUUUUUGUGUCAAAGUUCAAAAUCCUACGGAAUAUUAAUGCCUGCAGCAAAGAUGAUUUAGGGGACCUGAGCAACGAAGGAAACAGAGUACACGUUGAUGUAGAUCAUGCUUUAACUGGUCAGGUUGGUUGCAGCAAUACUGUUGCAAAUGAAAAGAAAGUUGACAAGAAAAAAAACACAGCACACGCUGAAAUACUGCUAGAUGACGACGGAGAUCUGGACGUUACACGGAGACCUAUUGACUACCUUAAUUCUUGUGAAAAAAAUCUAUGGAGAGAGAAAGUGUACCCCACAAUCAUAAGUAAAGGAGAAGAGUUUUCCUGUGAGGAGUAUGAUGAGGACUGCAGUAUUUGCAAUGAGAUCAGAAUAGAACACACUAUGGAUACAACAUUGGAAGAUGUUGGAAAGCAGGUAUGGCGUGGAGCCUUCCUCCUUGCUGAUUACAUUUUGAAUAAUAGCUACCUAUUCAGAAGCUGCACAGUGCUGGAGCUGGGAGCAGGCACAGGACUGACCAGCAUUGUCAUGGCAACUGUUGCUAAGACUAUUUUUUGCACAGAUGUUGGUGAAGAUCUAAUGAACAUGUGUGAAAGAAAUAUCAUUGUAAACAAGCAUAUUUAUGGGGCAGCAGGAAGUGAAAUUAAAGUGAGGGAACUGGACUGGCUGAGGGAUGAAUUAUGCACAGACACUAAAAACCUAUAUUGUUGGUCAGAAGAAGAAAUAGCUAAUUUAUAUGAUCAUACCGAUGUGCUCCUUGCUGCAGAUGUAUUCUAUGACGAUGAUUUGACAGAUGCAUUUUUUCAGACAAUCUACAGAAUUUUGAGUAAUUUGAAAAAUCCAAGCACCACAUAUCUCUCCGUAGAGAAACGGCUAAAUUUUACUUUGAGAAAAAUGGACGUUACGUGUGAUGCAUAUGAUCAUUUUCGACUGUGUUUGGCUGACUUGAAAAACAUCAACGAUGGGAAAACUAACUUUAUUGUGGAACCCAUCAAGCUUACUUUUCCACAGUUCCUUUUUUAUGAGCGAGUGGAACAAUUGGAACUGUGGAAAAUUAUUGCUGAGCCACUUAGCAGCAAUACACAGCAAUGAAAUGGUUAUUGUAAUUGAAGUGCAUGCAGAGGAGUGUUGCUCAUUGCUGUAGCUUAUUGAAGACUUUAGCAGAAAAACCAUGCCAACUGUUUAUAUGUUAAGCUGCAGGAACUGCCUUACAUUGUUCAAUACUGUAUCGAUAACCGUAGCAUGGAAAUUACUUUAUACAAUGUUCAUGGAUGAAAAAAUGUGUUUAUAUCACUUUCCUCAGCUGUUUUAACAGGUACUGACGUGCAUAAUGAAUAUGUCAAUGUCUCCAAUGAAGUAGAGACAGAAGAAUUUUAUACUGUGAAAAUACUUAACACAUUGUAUCAAAUACCUCCCACUAAUUUAAUCAACAUUAUCCUGUUAUUGUAAGAGGCCUUCCAUCUCUAAAAUAACAGAGAAGAAUUUGAAAUUAGCAUAUCAUUAUGAAACAUUUCUCGCAGUAAUAUCCAUGCUAAAAUCUUUACAAAUAAAAUGUUUUUCCUUUUCACAUUCUUACAAUUCCCAUUCUAAAAAAAACCACACAACUAAAUAUUGUAUAAAAGGAAAUGGGGAAAUUAUUUUAAACAAAAUGGAUUGCAGUUGCUGGUAAACUUUUAGCGUAUUGAGUCCAAGCACUUAAGCAUUUAAUCAAACAACACAAAAGAAGGCCAUUUAGCCCAUUGUGCCGUGACAAGUCUUUGAUAGAGUUAUCCAAUUAUUCCCACAUAUCUACUCUUUCUCCAUAGUGCUACAAUUUUCCCUUUUCAAUAUAUAUCCAAUUUACUUUUGAAAGUUACUAUUGAGUCUGUUUCCAAACCCUUUCAGGCAGUGUAUUCCAGAUCAUAAUGACUCACUGCAUAAAAUAAAUAUAGCCCCUCCAGUUCUGUUGCUAAAUACCUUAAUUAUGUGUCCUCUGGUUAUCAAACUUCUUGUCAAACUGUAUUUCAAACAGUUUCUCUCUAUCUAAGCCUCUCAUACUUCUGAAAAACCUUAAUUAAAUAUUCCCUUAACAUUCUGUGUUCUAAGGAGAACAAUCCCAGUUUCCUCUAAUCUCUGCAAAAAAUCCCUCACCCCUGCUGCUAAUCUAGUAAAUGUCCUUUGAACCCUCAAAGGCCUUGACAUUCUGAUGCAACUGCAGCUAAACAUUUAACUAUUAACUGAAUGCUAAAUAUAAUUUAUUGUGAUUGAGACUACUUUAAACUGAGAUGUACUCUACAAAUAUAUUUAAUGAAUGCAGUGUGGUCCUAUUUUGGUAAUAAAGGAUUUUUUUAAAAGGCAA